AUGCUUCAGCCAUUGAUGAAUCUUCUCUCUCCAUGUUGGAAGCCGUUCGGGCACGGUGACGAUUCUUCAGCAGGCAUUGUUGGAAGAGAAGGCAAAGACGGAUUGCUUUGGUUUCGUGACAUCGGAAGAUAUGGCUCCGGUGAAUUCUCUAUGGCUGUUGUUCAGGCCAAUCAAAUCCUUGAAGAUCAGAGCCAGAUCGAAUCUGGCCCGCUUGGAACGUUUGUCGGCGUUUACGACGGUCACGGUGGACCCGACGCAGCGCGUUACGUUUGCGAUCACUUGUUCCGCAAUUUUCAAGCGGCAUCAAGUGAGUCACAGGGUGUUGUGACAGCCGAGACAAUUCAAACCGCUUUUCGUUCGACUGAAGAGGGGUUUACUGCCAUGGUUGCUGAUUUGUGGAAUACUCGACCUCAAGUUGCAACUACCGGAACAUGUUGUUUGGUUGGAGUGAUUUUUCAGCAGACACUUUUUGUGGCAAAUCUAGGAGAUUCCCGUGUUGUGUUGGGAAAGAAAGUUGGGAAUACCGGUGGGGUUGCGGCAAUUCAGCUGUCGACGGAACAUAAUGCGAAUCUUGAGGCCGUUAGACAUGAACUUAAAGAAUUACACCCUCAUGAUCCUCAGAUUGUUGUUCUCAAGCAUGGAGUGUGGAGAGUAAAAGGCAUUAUUCAGGUUUCUAGAUCUAUAGGGGACGUAUAUAUGAAACAUGCACAGUUUAACCGGGAACCGAUUAAUCCGAAGUUCAGACUUCCUGAGCCAAUGAACAUGCCUAUCUUGUCUGCUAAUCCAUCUAUUCUUUCUCAUCCUCUCCAACCAAAUGAUUCCUUCCUUAUAUUUGCAUCAGAUGGUUUAUGGGAGCACCUAAAUAAUGAUCAAGCAGUCGAGAUUGUUCACAGAAGUCCACGAGCGGGUAGUGCCAAGAGACUUAUCAAGGCUGCCUUGCAGGAAGCAGCUAGAAAACGUGAAAUGCGAUACUCAGAUCUUCGUUCAAUUGACAAGAAAGUUCGACGACAUUUUCAUGAUGAUAUAACUGUUAUUGUUUUAUUCUUAAACUCUGACCUUAUAACUAGAGGUACAGUUCAAAGCCCGCCGCUGUCAAUUCGAAGUGCUCUCAAUCACUGA